AUGAAUAUGAAUACAUCAACUCUUUCAUUAUAUACUAAUUCAACUCAAUCGACUUUAUCGUCCGGAUAUCCAAUUCGAUUUUGGUCUUAUCUCUUUUCGAACAUAUUUUCAUUACUUACUGGCUUUUUUGAUUUAUAUUAUUUACUAUCUGAUGCUUCAUUACGUCAAGCAUUACAUAAUUAUGUGAUUAUUAUAUUAUUAUGUCUUGGAGUAUUUUAUGAAUUAACCGAUAUCAUUUGGAUACUUUAUAAUGAUCAUAAUCGUCGACCAUUAAUUCGGGCAACAGUUUUUUAUGAAAUUUGGACAUAUAUUAAUUAUACAUUUUAUUCCAUCGCAUUGGAAUUAUUUGCAUGGGCAACUAUUGAAAGACAUAUAUUAAUAUUUCAUCAAAAUUGGAUUGCAACAAAACGUCGAUGUUUUUUCUUUCAUUAUUUUCCUCCAAUAGCCAUUAUAAUAUAUUAUUUAAUUUACUUAGCUUAUGUUCAUUUCGAUCCAUUUUGUGUCAGUGAUUUUCAAGAUUUUCUUAAUGGUGGUAUUCAUAUACCGUGCGCUUUUUAUCGAACGGUAUUGGGCUUAUGGGAUAUAGAUUUUCAUCAAGUAUUUCCAACAUUAGUUAUUGUCGGUUGUAGUAUUGGAUUAAUUAUUCGUACAAUCAUUCAACGGCAAAAGUUAACUCAUGAAAUUCAAUGGAAAAAAUAUCGAAAAAUGAUUGUACAAUUAUUAUCAAUAUCCGUACUUUAUAUAACAUGUAACGGACCUUGGGUUUUAGUUAUCUUUGCAUUUCAAUUUGGUUUAUCACCAGCUUUAACUGCCAUUGCUUUGACUUAUACGGGAUUUCUUUAUUAUUAUGUUAUUUUUCUUUUCCCAAUGGUUUGUUGUUUAUCAUUACCUGAACUUAGAAAAAAGUUCAGAGAAAAGAUUUUAUUUUGUUUUAAACAAAAAAGCAAAAAAACAAAUGUGGCAUUAUCAACAACAAAAGGUACAAUGGCUAGUAAUACAAAAUAG